GGCACAGUCACUGUCAAAUGCUCAUUCAAACUGAACUGUUUUAAACUAUCUUCACCAACUCACUGUUCAGAUUUUCCAGUAUGCAGUUCCUUAUCCUCGCUGCUUUGUUGGCUGUAUCUGCCGCGUCCUAUAAUAAUAAUAAAGCGCCGGUUAACUUUGGUUCAUUGGCUUACUCCAACCGAGCCACUUCUGAACCCAAUUAUCACACAUCAGUUAACUCGGUUAACUCCGAACCGGUUUAUUCCACACCGGCUACCCCCGUCCUAACUUAUUCUGCGCAAAAGGCUGACAAGGUUUCGCCUGUCUCUGCAGCCUACGCCUUUCAGACUGCUAAAGCCUAUGCAAAUGAAGACGAAGAAGAACACGACGAAGAGGAUGAAGAUGAUGACGAUGAGGAAACUGAGAGUAAAAAUGAAUCAGAAUCUUCCGAUGGCAAAAAGAUCAAGGAUUCCGGCGAUAGAAAUGUAUACGCUACUUCGACCGUCGGUGGUGGUGAAUAUGAGCAUACAACUACUGCCAGCACUCACGUUAUUACCUCGGCUUACAAGGAGCCUGAGUACAGCACAACGUCCAUCCCCGUCGUGGUUGUCUCUACUCCGGCCUAUCAAAUUCCACCUACCACUGCCGUUCCGGUUUACGUAGCUGAAAAGAAAAUCUUGCCUUAUUGGCUGCGCCCGGGUUAUACCUAGAGUUAAUUUAGCGAAGAAAAAGUUUACAUAUUUUUUUCAAGAACACGCUAAAUUUCCUACGGCCAUACUAAUAUUGUGCUACUUAUUAUGUGUAAUAUUCCUACUAUAUGAAAAAGAUAUCAGUUUUGCUAAAAAUAAAGAAUAUUAUCCUGA